AUGGCCUAUCAAAUCACCGUUCGUGUCUUCCAAACCAAUUCGGACGCGUUUUUCCGCUGCGUCGAGCACGACACCUACGUCCUCAACAUGACCGGCAGUGGUACCUCUGGCUCUCUUCGCUUAGAGGCCGACACUGGCGAGCGUAUCAUUGCCGUCUUUGGUGUCCACAACUACAAGCGCUGGUGCGACAUUGUGACCGCUCUCACCCCCGCCGACUCCGGAACCAAGCUCCUCCCAGAGUGGUAUGUUGAGGGCACCGACAGGGGAAAAGUCAAGUGGAGCCAGCUCGCCGAGUACAGUGUCACCAGCACGGCUCCUCGUGCCCGCAAGUAUAGCAUCAAGUAUGUCGUUGCCGACGGAAACAACCUGGUAGCCAACCUCACCAUUGGAUGGUCAGUAUUGAUUUAUCUCGCAUUAUCCAUUACUCAUCGGUUUUCCAGAGCGACUUUAGAGUCCAACCGCUUUGUCAAUGUCAUAAACAAGUGA